AUCACCUGCCAUCCUUGUACUCACAUUCCAGCUCCACAGCAAAGUCUCCAAGAAUUCAAAGUCUCCAAGACCUUAACUUGCUAUCAUGGCUGGGCGUGGACUUUUAGCUGCAGGUUUGGUCCUCCUCCUCGCCGCCGUCGCCCCGGCCUACGCCACGGACUACACCGUCGGCGACUCGUCGGGCUGGGCUAGCGGCGUGGACUACAGCACCUGGGCAAGCGACAAGACCUUCACCGUCGGUGACACGCUCGUGUUCCAGUACGGCGCCUCGCACAACGUGGCGGAGGUGGGGUCGUCGGACUACAGCGCCUGCUCGGCCACCAACUCCAUCCAGUCGUUCAGCGACCAGGACACCAAGAUCACGCUCACCAAGCCCGGCACGCGCUACUUCAUCUGCGGCGUCAGCGGCCACUGCUCCGGCGGCAUGAAGCUCGCCGUCAAGGUCGCCCCCGCAGCCACCGCCACGCCCACCCCGGCCACCUCGCCAGACGCGCCUUCGGCGACACCCUCCACGCCUUCGGAGACGCCCUCGACGUCCACCACCCCGGCCGGGGCGACAACGGCGCCUUCCUCGUCCAAAUCAGCGGACAGCGUUGGCGGGGCCAGCGGUGUCGAGGCCCGCUCCGUGAUGGGCUCUCUCGUUGGGGCCGCGGGCCUUGUCGGCCUCGCCCUGAUGGGCUAGGCAAGAGGCAGUGCUUUGUUUCCCUUCUCCGAAUUGUCCAGUACACGUUUUUUUUCUUCCCGCCGAGUUGCACACUGUGUGCUACUAUGGCUCCUCUUUAUCUGGGGCCUUUUCAUUUGUGCUCUGUUCUGUUCUGUGGUAGAUCCUCCGAUUCGAUCACGACUCGUGCUUGUACGACCACUUUGAAAUAUAGAUUCUCCAUCUGUCUGUCU